GUCGUCCUUCUGCCGCUGCCGCUGCCGCUGCCGCUGCCGCCGCUGCUCUGCCCCCCUUUCGGCACCGAGACGAGCAUUCGCCUUUCUGCAACGCCUCCCUCGCCUCCAUCCCGUUAGGAGUCUAAAGUCAUGUUGCACUGGGGCUACGAGGAAGACAACGGACCUACUCAUUGGAAGGAAGUUUUCCCCAUUGCUAAUGGAAACCGUCAAUCUCCCAUUGAUAUUCAAACUCAAGAGACCAAAUAUGACCCCACCCUGCGCCCUCUCAGCCCCAGCUAUGAUCCUUCCUCUGCUAAAGUCAUACUCAACAAUGGACACUCCACCAGUGUGGAAUUUGAUGACACUGAGAAUAAAUCAGUGCUGAGUGGGGGUCCACUCACUGGAAAUUAUAGGCUGCGACAAAUCCACUUCCACUGGGGACCUAGUGAUGACAUUGGUUCUGAACAUGCCGUGGAUGGAGCAAAAUUCGCAGCAGAGCUUCAUGUGGUCCAUUGGAAUGCAGAUAAAUACCCCAGUUUCGUUGAAGCUGCUCGGCAAUCUGAUGGAUUAGCAGUCAUGGCUGUUUUCUUAAAGUUGGGUGAAUGCAAUUCUCAGCUGAAAAAAAUCACAGACCAACUGGAUACCAUUAAAGUGAAGGGUAAACAGCACAGGUUCACCAAUUUUGAUCCUUCCUGUCUGCUCCCUCAUUCUCUGGACUACUGGACAUACCUUGGGUCUCUCACAGUCCCUCCCCUUCUUGAGAGUGUCAUUUGGAUCGUUCUUAGGGAACCUAUAAGUGUUUGCUCUGAACAGCUGGCUAAAUUUCGCAACCUCCUGUGCACUGGUGAGGGAGAGAAUGCCUUUUGCAUGCUGAAAAACUUCAGACCACCACAGCCUUUAAGGGGGCGGGAAGUAAGAAGAAAUUAAAGGAAAGAUAAUUUGCAGUAGUAGUUGACACUGUUUUGGAUGCAAAACCCAUUUAAAAUAUUGCCCUUUUUUUAAAAAAAUGCAUUUUAAUUUGGAGGCAAUGUUUUUCAUUUUUAAAGUGUAGGAAUUUUGAUAGAC